CGUGAGGUUCCUGCUGCGAUUACGUCAUUUACGGCGCGAUAUUCAACUCUUAUUUGUACUCCUGCUCUGCGACUCUUGUUCUAAACUUUUUUCAUUGUUCUUAAAUAAAACUUUAGUGCAUAUUACAGUUUUUAACUUACAUGUUACUAACGAUUCCUUUUCUAAUGAUUACUUAAGACCGUCGUGGGUAUUAGAAAUGUGUGGAAUCUUAGUGGACUUUUCACCGUUGAGGAAAAAUGUGUAUGUUCGUAAUUUCCUAGAAAAAUGUGUAUAUUGAUCGAUUGGAAAUGCAGUGGUUACUUUUUCUUGGAGUUGUUACAGCUGUCAAUGCCGGAAGAGAAGCGUAUGAGCGAUUAGGAUAUUUUUGGCAUAUCACCGACAUCCAUUACGACGGCCACGUGAAUUUUCAUGGAGAUGCCAGAAAGGGCUGUUGGCGUCCUGAUUACGAAGGCGGCAAGGGAAAAGGAGCUAAAAGACAAAUGGGCAGAUUCGGAGAUUACAGUUGUGAUUCUACGUGGGAGCUUAUCGAAUCAGCUGCUCAACUUAUGACAACGCGUCACUAUGACAACGUGGAGUUUGUUCUCUGGACAGGAGACGGCAUGUCCCACGCAGCCCGACGCCUUCCAGAAUUCCGCCAAAGGGAGCUACUCCAAAACCUCACAGAUUUGUUGGGCAAAACAUUCAAGUCACAGUUUGUGUUCCCCGCCCUCGGUCACGACGACCCUUUUCUUAAAGACGAGUUAACAAAAAUGUGGUCAAGAUGGUUACCCACUGACUCACUCAAAACAUUCCAGUCAGGACCUAAUCUUCCCAACCCUAUAGCACCCUACUACGCUCGAGUGACUGACAGAUUUAGCAUACUUUCCUCCCCUACUAUUGUAAACAUUCCCUUUGAAGCAAAAGGAUUACACCUUUUCCUGCUUGUUGAUCUUGCCGCUUCAGCAACAUAUUCCUGA